AUUUUUCCACUCUUUACCUGUAAAUAGAAUCGAAGCCAAACCGGAGAACCAGUGGCGGCUAUGUUUCGCUAUGAAAUCGCAGGAUGGUUCGAGCUCACGAAAUUCAGGGGGCAGUCACAGGCAAGUGUGGAGGCGGAGAAAAUUGGCGAAAAAAGAUAAAAUGAGGAUAGAAAGAGUUCCGUUUCUUGAGGAACAGGUGAGGAGGAUAAGGGAGACGGGUGAGCUCCUGACAAUGGACAUCGAGAGGCUAUUACUCUCGGAGGAUAACAGGUUUGAUUUUGUGAAUGAUGUUGCAGCAGAGGCGAAGCAGUACGUAGAGAACAACCGUGAUGAGUAUGGUGCAAAGAAAGCAAUCCUCCACGUCAUCAGCAACCGUAUGAACGACUCUGGAGUUCACCGUCCUGAGGCAUACAGGGAAGAUGAUCUUUUCAAGCCAGGGCCUGGCUUCCUAAGGCAAGAACUUUAUGAUAAAUAAAUAGUACUAGUUCUUAUUUUUGUUAUAUCCUUACUGUGAUCUGCUCUAUACAAAACUGUAUUUUGUGAGGUAUUUGGAUACAAUUGGAAAAUAUCACUAUCUUUUCCCAA